CGACAGCUUAAGUAAUCGUUGACGUCAAUACUGUCACCGGAAUAUUUUAUUUUUAUUUUCACCAAAUUCAUUAGCUGCUGCACGGCAAUUCGGAUAUCUUCAAGUUUAGCGCUUAUUUUGACAAAUCUCUGCCAAAUGUGUUUUGUCGCUGACAACGAAUUUAUGUUCGAUUCAAUUUGCCAUGUUUCAUCCACCGUGGAAGUUGCUACCGUUUUUAACAGUAGGGAGCUUAAUUAAGCAGUGGCCGGCGACAGUUUAGCCGAGGACAACUUCCAAUAUAGUAAUUGUCUAGGCUACGUUCACCUAGCAGCCUGAAAACUUGCUCAGACAAAAUAUGAAAUGUCAGCGUUCAAUUCCAAAGCAAAAUACUUCGUCAUUUUGCGUUGUUGUCUUGCAGAUAACGCCUUAGAAAUAUACAAAGAUUCAUAACGCACGAGCAUAGCCAUUGUCCUGCUCAUUAGACACCCCCAAAAGCCUUGGCACCUUCCUGUCAAUAACAUACUUCAGCGAGAUAUUAGUUAGUCCUAUUAAUACACUUUUUGCUACUCUUUUCUAUACUUCAACUCGUGAAAACUCUAUUCUUUAUAUACCUCCAGCCUGAAAAAGGAGUCUUGCGAGCGGAGCCUUACUCCGUAUAAUCCAUUAUCCCCCUAGGGCAAUUUUGCUAGGAGGAAUUUGCAUUGCACUUCGUUGUUAAGAUGAGUGGCACGACAAAACAGAUGUUCGCAGCAUGAGGAACAAAAUUACUCACCACAAGAAAAACUACGCCGUGAAACAGGUCAAAAGAUCUAAAAUUAAAAGCAGCAACACUUCAGCAUAUUCCUGUAAGAUUUCAUGGAAUUUAAGGAUAGCAAUCAGGAAUUCUUAAUAACGGCUAGCUUUACUAACGAACAGUAGAAGAUCUCAGCAAAUGGAAGGAAUUAACAAGGGAGUCGAAUUCUUGCGCAUGUGCUGGCGAUAUGACUACACUACAUCCGCUGGCCGUCGAGUGCAGUCCCUGAAAAUCAUUUGCGUGGCAAUGAUAGCCGUGGUCGGGCUAUUGAUUUUCGUUGUCGAAGAUGUCCAAAAGGCGAAGGAAAAUAUCGUUAGAGCCAACAACUUGGAGACUGAACUCAGAGCAAGUCUUCUAGUGGCAUCGUUGAUCCAUCACCUGCAAAUUGAGCGAGGCCUUACGGUGCUAUGUUUGGGCUCCAAAGGAAAAGAAGACGAAGAAAAUGUUUGUGAAAAAUUGAAAAAUGCUCGUCUGGCAACUGACAAAGCUCUGUGGGAAACGGAGUGGCCUUUUGAUACAGAAAUUCGAAAGGAAUUUCUUCUUAGCCCUGAACGUCUUCAGACCCAUUUGAACAACCACAGGGAUAAAGUUGGAGAAAAAUGUAAAAGCGGCACGCCCGAGGAACAAAUUUCUUUUUACACUUUACCAAUCGACUUGAUGCUGGAUUGGUUUUUCGAAGCGACUAAGAGCGAUUCGAUGGAUAUUUAUGUGGACUUAGUUGGUUACUACAUGUUCCUCGCCGGUAAAGAUAAAAUCGGAAUAGAGCGAGCGCUGGGAGGGUCUUUCUUCGCAAAAGGACAUUUUAACAGCACGAGCCACCUAGUGUGGUUUGGUAAUCAGAGCGCUCUGGGAAAAGAGUUCUUAGAGUCAAGUGGAAAACUAAUGCCUGUGAUCAAGGAAAGCUUAAAGGAAGAACUUAACACAACGGUGCAGCAAACGAUCGAGAAAAAGCGAGAAGUAAUUUUCGCAAACGAACCUGGCGAGGCAUCGGUAACAAACGGAGAGAAAUGGUUUGACAUCAUGACCAUAUAUCUUGACAACCUGUUUGAUGUUCAAAAAAAUGCAGGAAAAUUCCUUCGAGUUCAGCUGGAAAACCAAAAGGAUAAGAACAAAUCAGAUUUAGCCAAAAGCCUGGCAUUUCUUAUGUUCACUCUCCUUUUGGUGCCCUUCCUUGUUAUUUCCGUUUAUCGCAUGACGGGUACAAUACAAAACUACGCUUUCAGGCUCGGAAAGACUACUUUAGAAUUGCAAGAAGAGAAAAGGCGAGCCGACACCCUGCUUUACCAAAUGUUCCCUCAUUCAGUUGCCGAGAUGCUGAAGAAAAAGCAGCAGGUUCCAGCUGAGUAUUUCACGAGUGUCACGAUUUUUUUCAGCGACAUCGUAAACUUCACAGAGAUGUGUAGUGUGAUGACACCUUUACAGGUGACAGCCAUGUUGGACGCGGUGUAUGGUACGUUUGAUGAACUGAUCAACCGGUAUGAUGUGUACAAAGUGGAGACGAUUGGUGAUGCAUACAUGGUGGUAUCAGGUCUUCCUGAAAGGAAUGGAACCAAGCACGCUGAUCAAAUAGCUCGCAUGGCGCUUGACUUGCUUAAAGCGGUGGAUGAACUGAAACUGCCUCAGUUUUACACGGGACAGUUAUCAGUCCGGAUCGGUAUAAAUACCGGACCAUGUGUUGCUGGUGUAGUUGGCAACAAAAUGCCGCGAUAUUGUUUGUUUGGAGAUACAGUUAACACUGCAUCAAGGAUGCAAACAUCUGGUGAACCUCAGAAAAUUCACAUCAGUGGAAACACUAAAGUCGUCUUGGACGACAUUGGAGGCUAUGAAACUGAGUUCAGGGGAUAUGUGGAGGUGAAGGGGAAAGGGAAGAUGUCUACGUACUGGCUCAAGAAUGUCUUGGAACCGUUAACAGAUACAUUACAGAUACAUUAGUCUCAUCCUACUCAGACGCGUUUUGGGCUCGUCACGCAAUCUUGCCUCCCUCACAAGCUUCUGCGUAACUGCAUGAACAAUCACUUCCAUUCACCUUCCGUCUACCAAUCUACCUUUGUUUUGAAGAAAUUAUCAUUCAAAUUGAAAAGUUGAUUGAUGUCGUAGAUACUAUUUUGCUUGACAUCACAAUAUUAUUUACGCAUUCAAACUUAAUUUUUAGCGAGUAUAAAGAAUUCCGUCCACGGUAAACGGCCUCCUUUCAUCGUUAAAUCGGUCAAUCACACAAAUUCUCAACAGAUACAAAUAUUCUCACUCUAGUGAACAAGUAGCUGAAUACAGACGGCAAACGUUUGAUGUUUGGCGCUUCGAUGGGGUAGAGGGAAGGGUGGAUCGAAUUUGACUUAAGGCAUCUCAAAAUCUUUUGCUUGCUCAGCUCUCAUGACAUCAAGUCCGCCAUCUUAGAUCUGCCAUCUUGUAUGUGACUCCUUCCUCAGAAAGCCAGAAAAUAACGUAAAUUAAUGGAAAAUCAAUCCAAAAUGAUUAUGGAUGAAAAACCAACAACUAAUUCUGCAGUGUUUUCUAGAGAACAGAAUGUAAACGAAAACUUCCGUCAAAAAAGACUAGAUUUGGCUUAACCGGUUGAGAUUGCUAUGGCAACGUCAAAUGACGUGGAGAAAUGGUUGACAAAUCAAAAUGUCCUCAAGAGUUGAUUGAACAACAAAUGAAAGUUUUAGUAUUUUAUUUUCAUACAAUGAUAUGAAAAUAUCCAGAAUUGUCCUUUACUCAUGAUCAAGGCAAGAUCCUAAUGGUAACAGCAAAAACAUUAUAAUGGUAUUGAAAAUGAAUGGCAGAGCCUAAGGCCUAAGAAACCAAUCUGCGAUUGGCUACAGCCCGGCUAACAGACGCGGCUCUUCAGUGAGGCAGGUGUUUAUCGGGAGGAGGGAUUUCGUAACGAGCUCAACGGACGUCUGUAACUUAGGCUAGAGAUACACUUCAUGUAUGAGAUAAAUGACAGCCGUACGGCUCUCGUAUUCCUCUUCAGUUCAUCGUCGCAUGAGUGCUUGCUUUCAUAUAUUGAGUAUAUAUGAGGGAAUCGAUAAUCUAAAAGCACUUGGGAUGUAAAUAAACAAACGUUAUUCUAAGAUAAUAGGCAGUAGACUUUGUCCACUUGUAGUAAGUCUUUUAGGUAAGCAGUGUAUCCACGCCUGACAGAAGCUCACACGUCACUCAUGACUAAGUAAUUCUUGACCUCUCGUCAUGUGGCCGAUUUAUUGCAGGUAGCUUUGCAGGGCUUGUACAAAAUGGAAAAUAGAAACCGGCGAUUAUAGCCGGGGAAUCAAUACGAGCUAAGGUGCUGUUGCCAGCGAAGGUUUCCACCCAUAGACUUAGAGUUAGCUAGACAAGCUAUAUUUGACCAGGUCUCGAUGUUCAAAGCACAAUUGUACUUGUUAGGUGAUGAAAACGCAGAAAACUCUAACACUCAAACGGCUUGCAUCUUUGAUGAUCUAGAAACAAUGCUUCAGAUUGAUACAAAAAAGUGGCGUAAGGGUUGUUCGGAUGUGUUCGAUUUCUUGAUAUCGGGUGUUUCACCGUCUGAACUCUCGCCUUGGCAGGAGCUCCAAAACGUCCAACCACAAAACGGCGUGGUUGGCAACUACUUAACGUAUUUACGUAGUUAAAGUACCGUCGACCCUGUUACCCCUAGGGUUCACAAGUAAACACUGUAUAUACACAUUCAGGCAAGCCUUAUACUGAAUAAUAUAAUAAUAACGGAACAUUUACAUGAAGCCAAGCGAAAUAGAGUUGGUUGAAUGUUAUCGUUAAAGUCAUGUCAAAUGACUGCCGUGUAUGUAAUAAUUAUAUUGAGACUUUCUUCGGUAACGUUCAUUUCUCGAUAAGUAUGAAUUUUUUUAGUAAUUUAGUGGUUGGCGAGGAAAGUGAAACAUAUAUUGUCGAUUGCUUUAGGUCAGAUGGUUGCUUUACUCACCAGGAUCUUGGUAUUUUAACGCAUGGCGAAAUUUCUUAUUUAGUUUCUUAUUAGUUUUUAGGAUGUUAUUUUAGGCAUGUAUGAUAGAGAUAAACUUACACUCAUCAUAUUCAUAUAUAUUGCGAUCAUCUCAUAAGUUUGUUAACGAGACAGACGAUUGUCUUAAACGAAAUAAGAUUUAAUUUGGAGAGAGAAUUACGGCAUUAUACUGGGGACGUUGGUAAAACAUAUAUUCUUCGCAUUGGACUUCGUCGUUAUCCUAAGGUUAACAAAUCUCCACUCCAAUCCAGAAUUGUCUGGCAUGCUUGUAAUCCCAUCCAGCACAAAAUGGAUUUUUGCGCUGUUACAUUUCAUUGUCGAGAUAAGAGCAACUUAGGAUUAGAAUUAGCUGAUCCCUGUAGCCCUGUCCCUAACCAGUCCAAUCCUGGAUUAUCUUACGUGCUUUACAUCCCUCCCAUGGGAAUAGUCUAAAACAAAAGGAUUUUUCCUGCUGCUCUAGCUUAAUUAAAAAACCAUUACCGGCUGUCAUAAUAAUACUUAACCCUUUGAAUACCAAACUUUCGCCAAAAAAUACCGUUUUUAACCGUUUAGC